ACACGACCCCGUUCGGCCGAGCGCACCAUCGGGAGCCGGAGGGAAGGUGAAGUGGAGCUGAGCGACGUCCCACUUCUUCCUUUUCUCUGCAGCUCGGCGUCGCGAUUCCGGGUCUCGGCCAAACAAGUUGGCAGAGUCGUGUUCGGCGUCAGGAGGGGAAUGCGUUAGAAAUGUUGGUUUAAAAGAGAGGAGGGGAAGAAGAACCAAGAGACAGAGUAAGGACACUGGAAUGGCGCGCGUCGAAAGCACAACAACAACAACAACACCACGGGAUUUACGCGGAGCGGUGGAUCAUUCAUCCACACAACAUCUGUGCGAGGCGACUCACCUUCCUCUGUUCUGAAGACCGAUGGAAGUCGACCGCUGCUCCGACAGACAACUGCAUUCAUGUCCGAGGGAUUUUGUUAAACCAAUGAGUUUAGUCAUGGAUGAUCAUGGAUCGCGGCCCCAUCCACGCAGCUCAGGUCUGAGGGUGUCGACCAAAAGCAAGGCACCAUCCCCACCAGGACUAAAGAAUCUGGGUUCUCCAGGUUUCUCACAGUGGUACCCAGGAAACCCUCAUUUGACCAUGGACCAGAAAGAGAACCUCAUUGACAAAGACCUCUCUCUGGUUGUGGUUCUGCCAGGAGGAGUAGAAAAGAUGACCAUGGUCCAUGGCAGCAAACCCCUAAUGGAUCUAUUGGUGACACUCUGUGCGAAGUAUCACCUGAACCCAUCGAGCCACACCUUGGAACUGGUCACCGCCAACAGGAACAACAUCAAGCUCAAGCCGAAUGCUCUCAUAGGGACCUUAGCUGCAGAGAAGAUAAUACUGAAACCUAAAGGGGAAGACAAAAACAAGAAGGCAAGUCCUCAAAUGCCCGAGGCAACUGUUCGGAUGGUGAUCAACUACAAAAAGACCCAGAAAACAAUACUACGAGUUAAUCCCAGAGUUCCCCUGGCUGAACUCUUACCAGCAAUAUGUGAGAAAUGUGAAUUUGACACAGAGACUACAGUUCUACUGAGAGAUAUCCAAUCACUGGCCCCCCUGGACUUGUCCAGUUGUCUUAACGAUUAUGCAAUAAGGGAGGUUUAUGCAAGAGACACAAAAGGACAACCUGCUUCUCCCGUGUGUCCAGCCUCACCAACUCAUGCAGGGAUAGUUACGCCGGGCAAAGAUAAAAAUCAGAAGGAGAAAGAAAACAAAGGCCUUUUCAGCAAGUUUAGAAAAAGCAAGAAAAACUCUGACCAGGCAACAACGGCCAGUGCCCCGGCUUCUCCGGUGCUUGUGAGCAAACCUCGACCGCUCAGCAUGGCCUUACCUAGCACACAUUUGCCUGCGCUCAACUCUCCCUCGAGCCCCAUCGACGGCCCAAAGAAGAGGCGUGCACCCCCACCCCCAAUACUUGUGUCCCAGAGCUGCCCCUCGGACCUCAGCACCCGCAGGAGACUCAACUCGGAACCUACCGGCCAACUGGACAGUGACCAGAUGGCUGGUUUGAGUCGGGGGUCUUCGGCGGAGUCGUCACUGAAGAGAACCAAACGCAAGGCCCCCCCACCCCCCACAUCCCCCAGUGCUGUCGUCCAAGAAACAGUUCCUCUUGAUGAAAAUUUGCAAGGAGCUGCAGCUGCUAACACACUGGAGGAGAUAAUGGAGCAGGAGGAGACAACUCCCUCUCUAAUGUCCGCAACUGCCAGUGACACCCAGGGAGAGGACAGCAGCCUCAGCGCCUCAGCCGAUGUCUCACUGCAUUCCCCGUCCCCAGACACUGAGCCACAAGGCACAGUGUCACAAGGCACAGUGUCGGUGGAGGGCAAUGAGGAAGAUCAGUCUCAUGAUCUGUCCUCAGAUGGCAAGUACGAACUCUAUCAACUGCAGAGCACAUUGACUGAACCUGCAGCCCUCAGUGACGUGAAGACGACUGCUGCCACAGCCUCUUCUGAACUGGCAGAUACAAAUGGGGGUCCGUGUCAAGCUGAAAAUGUCAUCCCACAGCCAAUCUGUGAAGGGUCCAUAGCGGAAAGUGUUGAAGGUGAUAGCAGCACUGUAGCGAGCAGCCUCGCUCAACCUGUAACGCAGGAGGCGGAAGCACAGGCCUCUGUUCAGGCAAACACUGAAACCCCCCGGGAGCAGGCUGACAGGUCGGAGAGCCCAGUGGCCAUCGGCACAUCACGCCCCACUGGAGACGACGCUCAAGUGCAAACGGAUUUCGCACCGCUCACUGUGCCGCCGCAACAACACAUGGACAAAGUUCCCUCCGCAGGAGAUGCGUCUUCCCCCGAAUCAGGGAAGAAAGAUAUGGCCACUUUGACGGAGGAGCUGGACCCAGCCAACCUCGAGAAUCCUGCCUUAUCCCACAUCCCAGAGACCUCAUCAUGUCAAGACUCGGCACCCAGCGCCCCUGUCACGACGAAGGCCCCAAAUGUUUAUGCCACAGACUCUGAGCCAAAGCCCAAGCCUUCCAAUGAGCUGACAAGGGACUACAUCCCCAAGGUGGGGAUGACGACAUUUAAAAUUGUGCCCCAGAAAUCUCUGGAGAAACUGAGAUAUUUUGAAGUUGCUCUGACACUGGAGACAGCCCCUGCAGCUCCAGAGGAGGGACUUGAUAUCGGUUCUCUUCAGCUGGAAGAGAGCGUCGCACCGAGGGAACAGACGGUGGACUCAAAAAGAGAGCUGCAACCUACUGAACCCAGGGAGGACUUACUGACUCGCACUGCCUCUACCCAAGACACUGUUAAUGGAAGUAUGCCCGAAUCUACUCAUUCCUCAUCACUUGCAAGUUCCCUAAAAGCAGAUGACAAGAGCCCGUCCUUUGCUAACGGGGCAUCUCAAACAGGUUCACCAGCAGAGGUCAAGGAGACUAAAAUUCCACCCGCAACUAAACCUAAGCCCGGCUCUUUCCGCUUGGCUCAGCACAAAAAAACACCUGGGUAUUAUGUAACUUCAGCAGCAGAGAAAAGUACCAGUCCUGUCUCUGGCCAGGGGGAGGCUCAAGGAAGUGCAGAGAGAGCAAUGUCGCCCGCCUCUCCUCUUCCGCCCCCUGUGCAGUGUCAAGAGGAGACGACAGGGGCCACCAGCGUCCAGCUGAGCCCGAAAGGGGAGGACAAGAAUGUAGCCAGCCUGCGGAUGACUAGGCAAAGCAGUUUGCCAUGCAAAGAGCCUAGUGUGGGGUUGAGCCUGGAAAAACUAAGAAGCUUUGCAGCCCCUCGGCCCUAUUCCCCUGCAACCCCGUCCCGCUUCGCCCAGGCGGUGUCCUCUGCUGUGAAAAGGAGCCAGUCCUUAUCCUGUGGCCCAAAGUCGCCUCGCUCACCAGCGUUCUCUCCGAAUACAAGUUUCCCACCAGUCCCAGAGACAAAAGCAUUGUCUGAGCUCAAGGAUGGUGAGAACAGAGAAGUGGAUGGUGACAGAGACUCCGUUCUGCAGGGAGCAGAGGGCGAAGCACCAUCUUUUAGUGGGAUUGUUAAAAUGGAAGGCGAGAGCGGUCCAUAGCAGUGCCUUAAUUCUUCUGACAAUCUGUCAUCUACUGAGUAGCUUAUCCUGUCUACUUUGAGUUCUCCAGAACCCCUUUACCCCACGACACGGAAGCAGCAACUGUCUUUUGUCUGACCUCUUUUUGGGAGACUCCAACAGUGUACAUAAAAUUGAUGUAUCUGGAAAAAUUAAUAACUGAUGUAUAUUGGUUCAUUUCUCACACAUCAUCGAGUGAUAUACCUUGGCUGACCUGCACAUUUUUAACGCUUUCGCUUUCAUCUUGUGUGGCUGAAGACUAUCUUGCAUUGGACGCAUUGCGGGUUUGUGAGCGGACGGACGAGAGCAUUUAUCAAAUGUGAUUCUAUAAAUUAUUUGAGUGAUUUUCAGAGUAAUGUAAUAUUAUUGGGUUUUGUUCAGAUAAUGUUUUAUCUCAAUAAAUACUGGAUGUAUAGGGCAGAACAGGUUUGACCGACUACGGUACUUAAGGCUCCUUAGAUUAUACAGGAAAUCUAUAUUUAAGUAUUGCAUUGAGUUUGGAUCAAGCUAUAUGCAGAAAGAGACACUGUUGUGCAGAGCCCACCUGUUGUUCUUGUGAAUAAAGUUUUUUUUUUUUUAAAUCA